CAGUGCUGUGGGUUAGUCUGCAUGUACUGGCACUGCGCAUGCCCAGUACCAGCGUUAGCCAUUCUCCGGGGCCGCAGCUUCUUGGCUGCAGUUUAUCCCUUUCAGGAUGAGUAAUGGUAAAGAGCUGCCUGGGGCAUUGGUGGAGGAGAUUGGAGGACCUUAUGGAGUCAUGGAAGAACAUGUGGACUUUCUGAAGGAGCGCUUUAAUCUGAUUACCAUGAAAGAGUUCAAGGAAAAUAAGGAACAGUUAUCUGAAAAGAUCAAGUGCAUUUUUAACUGGGCCAACAAACCAGAUGUUGACAGCAAGCUCCUGAAGUGUCUACCUAGGCUCAAAGUGAUAGCAAGUGCUGGAGCAGGAGUGGACCAUUUGGAUAUAAAGAUGAUAUCAAGCUAUGGCGUGAAAGUGGCUAACACUCCUCAUGCCGUCACCAGUUCUACAGCAGAUUUGGCGAUGACGUUGCUUCUGGUAUCAGCCAGGAGUUUUAUGGAGGCUCAUGAGAUUGCCGUGUCCCCCAAGACUGAGCGAUUCCAUGCUAACUGGGUAGGAGGAGAUAUAACAGGGAUGACACUUGGAAUUGUUGGAAUGGGGAGGAUUGGAUACAAAAUUGCUCAACGAGCUAAAGCUUUUGAGAUGAAGAUUCUGUAUCACAAUAGGCACCGCAGCCUGGAGGAAGAAAAAUCUGUGGGAGCCUCAUAUUGUGAACGGCUGGAUGAUUUACUGCAGCAGUCGGAUUAUGUAAUGCUUGCGGUCAACCUAAGUCCUGAAACAGAAAAGCUGAUUGGAAUACACGAAUUUCAGAUGAUGAAGCCAUCAGCUACAUUGAUAAAUAUAAGCAGAGGACUUGUUGUUGAUCAAGAAGCUUUGGUGGAAGCUUUACAGACAGGUCAGAUCAAAGCAGCUGCAUUAGAUGUCACUUAUCCAGAACCACUGCCAAGAGAUCACCCAUUGCUUAAAAUGAACAAUGUUGUUUUAGCUCCCCACAUGGGUACCGCAACACGUGACGCGCUACGCCUUAUGAUGGAAGAUAUGGUUCACAGUAUGAUGGAUACUGUUAAUGGUCUCCCAGUGUCCAAUGAAGUUACUGGCUGCUGACUUAACAUUUUGUAGUUUUGAUGAUUUAUAUCAGGCGUCUCAAACUUGGACAGAUAUAUGGGCCACACAUAGAAAAAAUUUCCAAUUGACGGUCCGCAUUCAUUUGAUGACACAUGAUAUGACACAAUGCUAAAUUAUUGUUAAUAGAAUAUAACACAAACACUGCAAAAAUAACAGUACUAUACAGAAAGUCACCCCCCCCCCCAUGGUAAUCGUGUUCCCAGACUAACCUCAAUAGUCCCCCCUACAGUACCCCAAUAGUGAUAAUGCUCCCAAAGAGUGCACCCAUUAGUAGCAAUGCCCUCCAUAUUGUGCCCAAUAAUAUUGCCUCCACAGUACCCCCAGUAGCAAUUAUUCCCCCUCUUUAGUGCUUCAGCAUGUAUUAAUGCCCCAUGCAUUAUAAUGCCCCCCCCCCCCCCCCCCCAGUCAUCUGACCUGUAUUAUUUUCCACAUUUAUCUGACUCCUGUUCUCCACCGCUGUCUGGGUAAUGCAGGGUAAUGGCCUCUUCGGCCUGUGGCUUGAGUUGCCGCGAUUCAGCGUAGAAUCUUGCAAUGACAUCAUUGCGGCCUCCUGGCUUUCUGAUGUCAUCGUAACUUCCUGUGCCAUUCUACUGCCUCAUAGGCUAUAGGCCUAGUGGCCUGAGACCUAUGAGGCUGAACGGCGGGAACAGGAGCUAUAGGCACCCAACUUGGACUGAUGAAGGUGGUCUCCUAGUCCCCCAUGCUCUGCACAAGUGGCACAUGGCACAGUAGUUUUUAUAGAUAGGCAGUGUUUAUUUAACAGACUAUCUAGUUUAUUAAUAUGUAUGCAUCAGGUGGUUGAGAUGACUUCCAGGAAAAGAAGCAGGCCAGCCUGUAUCCUCUUUCCCCAAAGAGUCUCCUUCUCAAAGUAACUGCAGAGACCAUCAUAAUCAGUCAUCAUGUAGCAUCUUGCUGCUGCCUGCCACUGUGUGAGAAAAUAAUAUUUGCAUGUACUUGUACAGUGGGCUCACAGAACGAAUUUUACUGGUGGGCCCAAGGUGCUCCAGUCUAAAACUUAUAGGCUUCUGUGGCACACUGUAAACUUCCGCUUCCUGCAUUGAGGUGUCACAAUGCAUUUUUCAUUACACACUGUACUUUAUGUUAGUGGUAAAUUUCAGUCAUUAUGUUUUAUUUAUUUAUGACAAAAUACAAAAUUUACAUAAAAAUGGGGAAAAAAUAUACAUUUUCAAAAAAAUUUUUUUUUUUUUUCUUGUAAGACAGAUAGUCUUAGCACACAAACAGGGUUGGAUUGGGAACUUAAAGUGGCUCUGGAAAGACUUAACUAGUAGGUACCAAAUACCACAGUGCAGAACAAAAUACGGUACUUUUCCAGCACAACCAAAUACCACAGUCGAGCACAAAAUACUGCCCCAGCAGAAACAAAUACUACAGUGCAGCACAAAAUAUUUACCCAGCAGUGAUAAAUAGCAGCACAAAUUACCUCCCCAGAAGUCUCCACCCUGUGAUGGCCAGCACCAGCUGCCACGUUCUGUCCUCCUCCGCUUCCCAAGUUGUCCCUAAUUAAGAUAUGGAGGUGAGUCGUGGGCUGCAGCACAGAGCCAGCCCUACCUGCAGUAUGCUGCCUGGUUUUACAGUGCUACCAAACAUACAGGAGAAUACAGCACUACAUACCUUUUAAAUCCAGUGAUGUCUCCUUUGAUUGUAGAUGUUCUCUUUUCUCAUGUUCUCCAUUCAUCCCAGACCACCAUGAUGACUUUUUGUCUCUGCAGAGCUUGCCACAUAGACAUCUUAGGUUCUGCACUUUGCCAUCAUCCACCCUACCUUCUCAACUGUAACUCCAGAUCCUCCUGCCACUACCAAUAUUGUGCCCACUGAAAAUACUACUGAUUAUACAUGAACAAUUGUGUCAAGCAGAUUGUCCUCCACAGUUACAGUGCCCUCUGUAGUAAUAAUAUUCUGUGGCCCCAGUGGUAAUAUGCUCUCCCUGAGUGGCUCAAGAAGAAAUAAAGCCCCAUUGUAGUGGCCCCGUAGUCAUUAUGCCCCUAUAGUGCCCAAUAUUCAUAAUGGCACCUAUAGAGCCCCCAGUGAUAAUAAACAUGCCCUAUAUAGUGUCCUCAGACGUAUUCCAACCUUUGGCCUAAGCUACCUGUGUCCUGGCUCAGGCACUCACAAUGAUUAUUCAUCAUGCUGCCUGCGCUAUUGUUUGCGUGUUUCCACAAGCUUCAGGCCUAGUGGCCUCAUAAGGAGAAGGGUGGUCACAAUGAUGUCUUCAUGCUGCUUUCAUUACUGCACAAGUGGCUGAGAUAAUGCCAUUGCUUCGGAGCCACCUGCACUGUUGAUACAGUAUCCCCUGUGGUGGAUGACAAGACCCCAUCAAAGUAUUUAACUGUAUUGCCAUUGUGAGGAUAGCCAUCAGUGAGGGUGGUGUCAGCGGCUCUGGAUUUUUGCUUGACCCUGUAACUCCAUGCCCAACCCCAUGAAUUAUAUUAUCAGCACAUGUGCAGUAGUCAUCUGUGCUGCUGGGGAAGCCAAAGGAGGUUUACUGCACAUACACCGACAGUGUGAGUAAGGUGCAGGAAUACAGUGCCAGGCAUUUCAACCAAGGGGAGGCAGGAGUGGCAAUUGAGACACAGCUGCUGGAGCUAAGGUGCACCGAGGAUCUCGGGCACCAAAAACCUCUUUCAUAAUCAUAACAAAAACUUUAAAGGGAACCUGUCACUGGAAUUUUGUGUAUAGAGCUGAGGACAUGGGUUGAUAGAUCACC